AUUGGGAAUGUUAGAUAUAAACAGAAUAUUCUGAGAAAUCCCAAGUCCAAAAUAAUAGUGAAAGGAAUAUCUCUGUAUAAGAUUCGUCUCCGUUUCUGGCAAGGGGGACAUUUCCAUGUGUCACGACACCAGUGGACAUCAGAGCCAGGGAUAAAUAUACCGUCAGGAUGUGUUUGACACUCUAUCGGUUACUUGGAAAAGUGUUGUGGAUUUUGCCAAUUUUCACAUUUUCUUGGAUUUUUUCAACAGUUCUCCUAACGUAUGGGAUGGCUGUUGCCCAGAAUCAUACAUAUGCGGUAUUCCCAUAUAUCAGUAAGACGGGAACACAAGUACCGGAGAGGGGGAUUUUUACACUGUUCAUAUCAAUUGGUGCCUUAUCCAUGGCUAUGAAUGCAGAAAUGCGGUUUAAGUAUGUGGAACUGAUGUACGAAAGGAUGUCUUUGACACCUCGUGAAAAGACUCGACUAUCCACGAUGAAUAAGUCAGCGUUGUAUCUCAGUCUAGCUGCUGCCUUCGGCCUCCUGAUAGUGGCGAGCUUCCAGGUGGAUGCCAUGCCGAUUCCUCAUUACUCGGGAGCGUUUCUCACCUUUCUGCUCGGUGGAAUAUGUUGCUGGCUGCACGCAAUCAUUACUUGGAAAAUGUACAAAGAAGAAAGGGACAAGGCAUUUUUUCUGACAUUCAUAUUUCAAAUAAUAGUCAGUCUUUUCGUCUCGGUUUUCUUCGUAAUGUUCAGUGUUUCCCUCGGCCAUUAUCGACAACAGAGAGACGCCGGACACGGAACAAAAGAGUUUGACCAACCGGAGGGUGCUCUUCGUCCCAUCUUUUUAACGGCCGCAUUUUCAGAAUGGUUUCUAGCUCUGACAGUGGUGGCAUAUAUUCUAACUUUUGUUCCCGGCUUCAGAACAAUCGAUUACGAUGGUGGGGUCGUCAAAUGGAAAGCACCUGUUAGUAGCAGCGUGAGUACGUGCACAAAGAUGAUGCGGUGCUGUUCAUAAAGUUUCGGUAAUGAAAGGCUGACGUCACUUGGUGUAGACUUGGUGUGUGUGAAACAGAAACGAGGGUUGUCUCUGAGAGUUUGUGUGAACAGAACUUUUUGUUGCCAUGUGAUCUUUUGGAAAAAAAAAUUAACUCUUGAUUAAUGAUAUAUAGAUAUCAAUGUAAAAAUGUAUUAUAGAAAAUAAUUUUUGCAGACAUGUCUAGCCCGUUAUUAAGUCCUUUUAUCGUUACUCCUUGUUCCAACAUGAAAUUUCGUUACUCGCAUAGGGAGGUUAUAUCAACCUAUACACAUUUAUAUUAGUAAUAUGUCACAUUGCAUGUUUUGUCCUUGACUUAAUGGUAUAUUCAUGACCCAUUAUUUGAACACUGAUAAUUACUUUUCA